AUGUCUCAGGAGAUACCGAAAUCGCUCGAUUUAGUUAAGCAUGUUAUUCUUAUUCUUUCAGGAAAAGGCGGUGUGGGGAAAUCGUCAGUAACUACACAAGCGGCAAUCACGUUAGUCAAUAAAGGUUAUCGCGUAGGAGUCCUAGAUAUUGAUCUAACAGGACCUUCAUUACCACGUAUGUUUGGAGUUGAAAUGAAACAGGUACGCCAAUCAACAAGAGGAUGGGUUCCCGUGCAAGUAUACCACAAAUCGGAUACUAAAUCUGGAGGUAGCUUGAAGCUCAUGUCAUUGGGGUUUUUGAUAGCAGACCGAGGUAAUUCUGUUGUUUGGAGAGGUCCUAAGAAAACCGCCAUGAUUAAACAAUUUCUCAAGGAUAUAGUAUGGAGUGAUUCUAAGAGCGAGCCGCUUGAUUAUUUGCUUAUAGACACACCUCCAGGAACGUCAGAUGAACAUAUCGCCAUUGCUGAAGAGUUGAGGUAUGCGCAGCCCAUAGAUGGUGCAAUCAUAGUCACUACACCUCAACAAGUGGCCACAGCUGAUGUGCGCAAAGAGAUUAAUUUUUGUAAAAAAGUGAAUUUCACAAUAUUGGGAAUCGUGGAGAACAUGUCUGGGUUUGUAUGUCCUUAUUGUUCUGAAUGCACCAAUAUCUUCUCCAGCGGUGGAGGGAAGGAACUAGCACAAAGCUUGGAUUUGACUUAUUUGGCAAAUAUUCCAAUCGAUCCUCAAUUUGUUGAGAUGGUAGAGCUACAGGAGGAUACAAAGGGGAAGAAGUUGAUUGAUUUAUAUGAGAAACUGGACUUGAAACCAAUUAUGAAUAAUAUAAUAGAAAAAAUAUUAGACAAAAAUCUACCGUCCCGGAUCUAA